AUGAGGGCGGAUUGGGGAGCCCAGGGUGGGGAAGUGCACGUCACCACCACUCCAUCAGACCUCCAGCUUUGCCAGCUGAACUCCACGUCCGACUCGGACCUAAUAAAGACUUGGGGAACAGCCAACCGGGCCCCCCCUCCCUUCAAACCUGACAUGCUGUCCCCCCCGGCCUCCAGGGUGGAGCUCCUUGCUCCAGCUAAGGUGAAGGAGCGCACACAGAACGUCACAGACAAGGUCACACAGGUUCUGUCUCUGGGUGCUGACGUCCUGCCGGAGUACAAAAUCGAGGCCCCGGUCACCCACGCAUGGACCAUGCUGCACUACAGCCCCGUCAAAGCGGCGUGGGACUGGGUCAUCCUCCUCCUGGUCCUCUACACAGCCCUCUUCACCCCCUACUCGGCCGCCUUCCUAUUGGAUGAGCGUGGGGACUCGCUGCGGCGGCGUUGUGGCUAUACCUGCAAUCCACUAAACAUGGUGGACCUCAUGGUGGAUGUGCUGUUCAUCGUGGAUAUCGGGAUCAACUUUCGCACAACGUUCGUCAACCCCAACGACGAGGUGGUGACCCAGCCGUGGAAGAUCGCUGUAAAUUACCUCAAGGGGUGGUUUGCCAUCGACCUGGUUGCCGCGCUACCCUUCGACCUGCUUAUCUUCCGCUCAGGGUCUGACGAGAUGGCCACCUUGAUUGGCCUGCUGAAAACAGCGCGGCUACUUCGGCUGGUUCGUGUGGCGCGGAAGCUCGACCGCUACUCGGAGUACGGGGCCGCUGUCCUCUUCCUGCUCAUGUGCACCUUUGUGCUCAUCGCCCAUUGGCUGGCCUGUAUCUGGUACGCUGUUGGCUACGUGGAGAGGCCCUACACUGAGACGGGUUGGCUGGACAACCUGGCUGAGCAGCUGGGCAAGGCGUACAACGCAAGUGAACCUGGCUCGGGUCCGUCCGCUAAGGACUAUUACAUCACCGCACUCUACUUUACCUUCAGCAGCUUGACCAGUGUGGGCUUUGGGAACGUCUCCCCCAACACCAACUCAGAGAAGCUCUUCUCCAUCUGUGUUAUGGUUAUUGGCUCUCUCAUGUACGCCAGCAUCUUUGGAAAUGUGUCGGCCAUCAUCCAGCGCCUAUACUCGGGGACGACGCGCUACCACACCCAGAUGCUGCGGGUCAAGGAGUUUAUCCGCUUCCACCAGAUCCCCAGCGGGCUUCGCAACCGCCUGGAGGAGUAUUUCCAGCACGCCUGGUCCUACACCAAUGGCAUUGACAUGAAUGCAGUGAGUAGAAAACCGGCCACCAAACUCGUGCUGAAGGGUUUUCCAGAGUGCUUGCAGGCUGAUAUAUGUCUGCACCUGAACCGCAGUCUGCUGCAAAACUGCAAGGCUUUCCGGGGGGGCAGCAAGGCCUGUCUGCGGGCUCUGGCAAUGUGCUUCAAGACUGUGCAUGCCCCACCAGGGGAUACACUCAUCCACUCUGGAGACAUCCUCAACUCUCUCUUCUUCAUCACUCGCGGUACCAUCCAGGUCACUCAUGAUGAUGUCGUGGUGGCCAUACUGGGGAAGAAUGACAUCUUUGGGGAGCCUAUCCACAUGUAUGCAGAGCCAGGCAAGUCCAACUCUGACGUGCGCGCCAUCACUUACUGUGACCUGCACCGGAUUCAGAGGGAUGACCUGCUCGAAGUUCUAGACAUUUAUCCAGGCUUUGCCGACAACUUUUGGGCAAACUUGGAGUUCACCUUUGACCUAAGAGACGCUGACCAGGUCCCACCAUUACUGUUGGCUGAUGAUUCUGGUGAUGAUUGUGGAUACAGUCGUAGUAAGCCACGACACAGGGGACACUCCCUGGACUGUCGCAACGGUCCUGACGGCAUGGACCAGGAUGACCCGUACCCCUACCGCCAACGCCAUUCGGUCCCACAGCCCCACUGGGAGGAGGGCUGCAGCUGUGAGUCGCCUUGCUCCCAGUCCAGCGAGGACCUAAACAAGCACCUAACCCAAGGGGGCAAGGUGGAGCUGUACCCUCCGGACGACAAUUGGCUGGAAUACUCCCCCUCAGUAGUGCAGCUGAAGCCCCCUAGUGGCGCCACAGUGGGCAGAGGGGCCCCCAUGGACAGGGCUCAACCAGCCACCUCUAACCUCUCACCGAACAUGUCUGGGUAUGUUCAAUACUGGCCAGAGAGGCAGUCGGUCCAGUACUCCAACAGGCAGUGGCGCUCCUCUUCGGUUCGGACCUCAUACCACCCGCCCCCGUUCAUAGAGGAGAGGCCCAGUGAGCUGGAGUCCCGACUGGAACUACUACAGUCACAGCUCAACAGACUGGAGAUUCAAAUGACUGCCGAUAUCAACGUCAUCCUGCAGCUGCUCCAAAGGCAGAUAACGCCGGUACCGCCCGCUUACAGCACUGUGUCAGCCAUAGACUCACCUGGCCUAUAUGGGACGGGAGCGCCAGUGUUGCACACCAUGUACCAGAUCCCACCCAUACAGAUAGACAACCAAGCAUCCACGCAGAGCUCUGCCCAGCCUGACCUCAAGUUACCCCUGAAAUCCCAGGAGUCGCUGUCCAGCGGUAUCCAUCUGACUGUAGAGUCCGACGACACCAUGUCCGCCACCCCGGAGAUGGAGCCGACCGUGCCACUCUCCUCCCAGCCGAUGGUCAAGCGGUCACUGUCUCUCAUGGAAACGUCCAGACUAAGUGGCAGCCUCCGCUUCCCCUCGUUGCCCGGGAACCUGGACGCCUCAGGGCAGGCGGAGAUCCAGAAACAUCGCUCAGAUCCUGUGCUUUCUGUGACCUGAGACCCCUGUCCCUAGUUCCCCAAACCUGGGAUCCUACAGACUGCUUCCACUCAUAUACAGAUUGCAAGAUAGUAGCAGAACAUGUCUUUCCAGGCCCUGCCCUUUAACAGCCCCUAACCCCUAUGUACUGAGAUCGGAGUAGGUGGAUGAGCUUAAACAGCCGUUAAAGUCCUGCUAACUUUAGCCACCACUAGCCAAAAAAAUCUGAAAUUGAUGGGGACAUGACAUGCGGAACUGUACAAAAAAGGUUAAAUCAGGUAACGUCAAACCAAAUAAUGAGUUGAUUACAGUUGUUUUGGCCAUGUUUAUACAAGUACUGGAUGCCCCCAUCACUUUCCUAGAUUUUUUGCUAGCGUCGGCUAGGGUUAGCUGAAGACUAAUGGCUGUUCAGAGAAAACCGAACCAUGAAUACGAUUCUCAUGGCUCAUACAACACUUUCAGGGUGAAAAACCUCAAGUUGAAAAACACUGAACUUCCCCUUUAAGAUUAAGUGCCUAGGGGAGGGGGUUGAGGUUGUUUAUGGAAAGGCUGAAUUCCAUGUCACCCCCUUCCCCUUGUCCUUCCAUUUGCGCAUUCACGCGCUCCUCCGACAUUUGCAAAUGUCCCAAAGCAGAGGGAGUGAAAAUUAGUGGGUGUAGGGGCUAAUUCGACCCUCAAAUAGCCACUUCAAAUCAAAUGUAUAUGUCACAUACAUGUUUAGCAGAUGUUAUUGUGGGUGUAGCGAAAUGCUUGUUUCCAGCUCCAACAGUGCAGUAAUAUCUAACAAUAUACACAAUCUAAAGUAAAGGAAUGGAAUUAAGACUAAAUAAAUAUUUGGACGAGCAACAUUGACUAAGAUACAGUAGAAUAGGAUAGAAUACAGUAUAUACAAAUAUGAGAUGAGUAAUGCAAAAUAUAUAAACAUUAAAGUGACGAGUGUUCCAUUAUUUAACUGGCCAGUGAUUUCAAGUCUAUGUAUAUAGGGCAGCAGCCUCUAAUGUGCUAGUGAUGGCUAUUUAACAGUCUGAUGGCCUUGAGAUAGCUGUUUUUUCAGUCUCUCGGUCCCAGCUUUAAUGCACCUGUACUGACCUCACCUAAUGGAUGAUAACGAGGUGAACAGGCAGUGGCUCAGGUGGUUGUAGUCCUUGAUCUUUUUGACCUUCCAGUGACAUCGAGUGCUGUCCUGGAGGGCAGGUAGCUUGCCCCCGGUAGGAUGCGUUGAACAGACCGCCCCACCCUCUGGAGAGCUCUGUGGUUGCGGGCAGUGCAGUUGCUGUACCAGGCAGUGAUACAGCACAACAGAAUGUUUUCAAUUGUGCAUCUGUAAAAGUUUGCCUUCUCCACCACACUGUCUAUGUGGGUGGACCAUUUCAGUUUGUCAGUGAUGUGUAAGGCGAGGAACUUGAAGCUUUCCACCUUUUCCACUGCGGUCCCAUCUGUGGAUGGGGGGGGUGGGGUGAUCUCUCUGCUGUUUCCUGAAGUCCACGAUCAGAGCUUUAGUUUUGUUGACCUUGGUCGAGGUUAUUUACCUGGCACCACACUCCCAGGGCCCUCACCACCUCCCUGUAGGCUGUCUCAUCAUUGUUGGUAAUCAGGCCCGCUACUGUUGUCAUCUGAAAACUUGAUGAUUGAGUUGGAGGCGUGCGUGGCCACGCAUUCAUAGGUGAACAGUGAGUACAAGAGGGCAUGCAUCCUUGUGGGGUCCCAGGGUUGAGGAUCAGCAAAGUGGAGGUGUUGUUUCCUACCUUCACCACCUGGGGGGCAGCCCGUCAGGAAGUCCAGGACCCAGUUGCACAGGGCGGGGUUCAGACCCAGGGUCUCUAGCUUAAUGAUGAGCUUGGAGGGUACUAUGGUGUUGAAUGCUGAGCUACAGUCAAUGAUCAACAUUCUUACAUAGGUAUUCCUCUUGUCCAGAUGGGAUAGGGCAGUGUGCAGUGCGAUGGCAUCGUCUGUGAAUCUAUUGGGCGAUAAGGAAAUUGAAGUAGGUCAUAGGUGAUAUGAUCCUUGACUAGUCUUUCAAAGCACUUCAUGAUGACAGAAGUGAGUGCUAUGGGGCGAUUGAGAAUUGACACAUGUAACAUUUGAAAUGCCUCCCAAAUUAAAUGUUUAACUGUUAGAGUUUGUUUUUUGUAAAAUUAUAAGAAAUUAUUUCAUGCUAAUCUUCUUAUUUAAAUGUGGAACAUGAACCGCAUCAUUCACGUCAC